AUGGGCACCUUCCGCAUCUUCUCUGACCGGUCGGCUUCUGACCUCGACGCCUUCGAAUGGAAUCCCACCAUGGACUUGCUGGCGUGCCUCACCGCGCCGCCGGACUCGACCAUGAGUAUCUACCGCCUGCUCUCGGAGGAUCAAAGCCCAAAGCUGCUCUCCGAGAAGAUCACUGGCGUCGGCUCCGCCUUGGCCUGGUCUCCCUGUGGGAGGCGCCUGGUUGUCGGAGAUCGCCUGGGUGGUGUCGCCAUCUACGACGGUGAGUCUGGGGCGGUGCUCCACGCCCGGCGCUCCCACACGGAGGCUGUGACCGCCUUCUGCUGGGUGGAGUGCGGUGCUGGCUUCGAGGAUCCCGCUUGGUUGCAGCUCCUGCCGCCUCUGUUGUCAGUUCCCAGUGCACCGAGCAACAUGUUUGCGGAGCCACGUGAAGAAGUGCUCAGCUCCCCUGCUGGGCUUACGCUUCUGGCCUCUGUCGAUGAGGGUGGCCACGUGGUCAUCGCAGCUGGGGGCACCUUCCCGGUGCAGGUUCAGGACUUGCCUUCGCUGCGCCCCACGGCCAUACAGCUGUCACCUGACUGUCGCUGCCUGGCGGUGCUAGGUCACCCUCGCCCGUCGGAAUCAGGUGCUGCUGCAUGUGAUUCCCCAGGUACACCUUCCCUGCUGUCUCCAAGGCAGAGCCCUGCCAAGGAGGACAAGGCUGGUAAAGCCUCAGGUCUGACGGUGAUGGUCCUGGACGUCCGGAAGUUGGCCAUCCGUCGACGGGAGCUCGCUCAAAGUGCUUCGCUGGUGGAACGGUUGUCUGCUGUGGCAGCUUACGCCCAGCAAGCGGUCGACACGCUGGCGAAUGUCUGGCGGAGUGCAGCCAGCACCUUCGUGAACAAGAUGAGGGCCUUCUUCGACUGUCUCCAAGCCUACUCGGGAGAUCCUGACACUGACGUCCAUUCGGAGCUAUUGUUCACCCUCUGCACAGGAAACCCUUCGGACGCCUUGCAUGCCUUCUUGACUCGGCAGACGACGCCACAGCAACUGUCGAGAAUUGAGAAAGGCAUCAUGCAGGCGCUGGACUAUGUCGACCUUGUCACGUGCACGCGCCUCCAGGUGGCGGUGCAGCACCUGUUAGCCAUCCUCCAGGACCUGAAGGCAUGCAGCGGCCGGCAGCGCUUCAAGACCAUUGGCUUGGAUUUAGAGCUGCUGCUUCAGCUCGAAGUGCAAACUCUCCGCUUCGCUUCCUUGAGCGAGCACCUGCUGCUGGAGUGUUCACAAGCCCGCUCCUUCGCCCGGACGCUGUUCCAGCUGCUUCUCUUCCAGGCCCAGAAGCUCACAGAGAGCGCCGAGGGUACACCAUCGACUCGGCCCGACAACCGGGGUGCGACUGCCAGCGUUGCGUUGGGAACCAAGAACGAAGACGUGGAUUGCUUCGUGGCCGCCAUGCGCGGCCGCCGCUCGCUGGAGUUGGAGGAGGUGUCCCAACGAAUCGGCAAGCCGCAGGCUAAGCCAGAAGCAAAGCCAGAAGCGACAAGCGAGGAGUCCUUGGUGGCGCAGCUGGCGAUGCUGGCGACGACCGCCGAAGGCCUGGGACAGCGACUUUGUACCACCAUGGCCCGGCAGAGCUGCAAGUUGGCCGAGAGGCAUCUGGAGCUGGCACCCCCGUGGCGGAGCCUGCGGCCAGAGCUUGCUUGGAGUGACGUGCCCAGCCCUCGUGGCUUGGGGCGGCCAGUGGUGCAUAUGGUUUGGGAGGAUCGUGUUCGCCAGGAAGAGUUGGCCGAAACCCUGCGCGAGGGACUGCGGUUGGUCUGGUGCGAUGGCACCGACAUGGGGGCGCAGCUUGUCCUUGCACGGCUUCACCUGGAGGUUGGGAGAUGUGGAACAGCCAUCCAGCCAGAGCUGGAAAUGGCCAAGCUGAGUGCUAAUACUUCCGGCUCAGGGCACUUGCUCCUCUGUCGCAGCUAUGAUGCUGCGCGUGUGGCGGUCCUUCUGCAGGACGGCAAGCUGAUGACCACGCAAGUGUGCUUGAUUGACCUGAGCGCGAUUCCGUUCCGCAAGGAGCUGCCGGUGCCGCUAACACUGUGGACGGAGCUCCCGCAAGAUGCAGUGCGCCAAAGUGAGCCGCUGCCAGAGAGCUAUUGGUGGGCAUCCUCGAUGCGUGUCAUGAGCCAGCGGGGAGUUUGUUCAGUUUAUUCUUCGAGGGCCAGGCGGCUGCUCACGCUGGACAUGGAGGCAGAUGAGGAUGAUAUGGAAGACGACCCAUGA